CCAGCCUUACGUAAGACAUGCAGAGAGAAAACAUGUCAUUCGUACGGUGAUGAAUCCUGUCGGUCGGUUCUUGAAGAAUACCGCCGGUUUACGACGCUUGACAGUGUUCUCAAGGCAGCUCCAAGGCAGGAGAACGACCGGCUUUGCAAUGGCCAACAAUUCCCGGCAAACGGCUGGUGUUUUAAUUAUUGGCGAUGAGAUACUGAAAGGUCACACUCAAGACACAAACUCUUUCUUCCUGUGCAAGGAGCUGUAUGACCUUGGGGUCAAAGUUGAAAGGGUAUUGGUCAUCGGAGAUGAUGUCAAGACCAUUGCGGAUGAGAUUGCCAAGUUCUCGUCCGCUUACACGCACGUUGUAACCUCCGGUGGCAUCGGACCAACGCACGAUGACAUUACAUUCGAAGGCGUUGCCAAGGCGUUUGAUGAGCCAAUCCAGGCCCACCCAGAACUGGUCCGUCUCUGCAGGCAUUACUUUGGCGAUGACAAGGACCUGAGCUCGCCCGAACUCAAAAUGGCUCACGUGCCUAAGUCAGCGAGAUUGUUGUACGGGGUGAACGAAACGACCGGUGAGCGACACCCUUACCCGUUGGUUUGUGUCCACAAUGUGUAUGUCUUUCCCGGUAUACCGAAGCUUCUCAGGAGAGCUUUCAAAUCGCUCAAGACUGAGCUGUUCCAGCGUGCUGACAUGUCAUUCCACAUGCGAGAGAUUUACAUCAAUCACUGGGAGAUGGACGUAGCAGACAUUCUCAACAACUUCAACACCGAGUACAAGGACACUGUCCUACUGGGCUCCUACCCCGAGCUUGAUCACAGCUAUUUCAAAGUGAAGUUAACUCUAGAAACGAACAGCCAGGAGACUGUCGACAAAGCACAUGCUAAACUCAUUCAAAUGCUUCCAAAAGAGUUUAUCGUCAGUUACGACAAGGACCCGGUAGGCAACUCGGUCCAGAGGUUACAGCAGCUUCUGGUGGCCCCUGAAUCAGCACAUAUUUCGGGUUUUGUGGGCCCCGCAAUGAGCAUAGUUGAGGAGGCCCUUGACCGGUACCCCUUGUCGUCUAUCUGUCUCGGUUUCAACGGAGGUAAAGAUUGCACGGCGCUCCUGCAUCUCGUCCACACAGUUAUAAAAAGGAAGUUGCCACAGCAAGAAGAGCCGUUGCAGAUUUUAUACGUCGACACCAAGCGCUCGUUUCCAGAGCUGGAGACUUUCAUCACCGAAUCCGUCCAGAGGUAUAACCUGAAAGUAUUGAGGGUUACUGGACCUAUCAAGGAGGCUUUGCAAGUGUUAAAAGAGCAGAACCCCCGAAUCCAAGCGGUUUUCAUGGGAACGAGGCAGUCCGAUCCAUAUGCAAACCAGCUGGGUGCCUUCUCGAUGACAGACAGCAAUUGGCCACAGUACAUGCGCGUCAAUCCCAUGCUGCAUUGGAGCUAUCACGACGUCUGGGAAUUCCUCCGAACGUUGUUCGUGCCGUACUGCAGACUCUACGACAAGGGCUACACGUCAGUGGGCAGCAAGGAAGGGACGGACCCCAACCCAGCACUCCGCUACAUCAACAGCCGAGGCGAGGUGUGCUACCAUCCUGCCUACAUGCUGCAAGAUGGCACAGACGAAAGGACAGGACGGAAACGCUCAGUCAGUCAGAGCUGCACCGACACCAGUCCAUGACACAGUGCCGAGGCAUGUGAGGUCACUGGCGUACCUGCCGUUAGAUUUAGAACUCUCCCGAGUUUUAAGUUUCCAAAUAUAGGGUGUUUCGAUUUUCAUGAAAAGGGGGAAAAAUUAAAGAAGUCUUAGCAAAAGAGGGCACUCCUUUUAGAGAAAAGAGGGUACUAGUUUCAGAAGAAAAGGGGGCGAUAUUUUCAGAAAAAAGAGGGUGCUUGUUUUAGAAAAGAAAGAGGGCGCUAUUUUCAGAAAGAAGAGGGCGCUAUUUCCAAAAGGAGGGUGCUAGUUUCACAAAAAAGAGGGCGCUAUUUUCAGAAAAAGCACUAGUUUCAGAAAAAAGAGGGCGCUAUUUUACGAAAAAAAGAGGGCGCUAUUUGCUAUGUCAAAAUGGCAGUUGUUAUACAUACAUGUGUGUGCACAUGUACAAAAUAUCUUCCCUCGCAUGGCUGCUCAUCUUGCUUAAGACUCCUGAAAUUGUUGUCCAGACAUUUUUCAAUAUUGCCAUGUAUGCACCAGAGCACCCGCUCUUCGGUCGAGUUUGGGCGGCCUGUUCUUGACACGGGCUUCUUAUUUUUGCGCUCGAACGGCAGGAA